CACUUUCUCUACUCUAUAACAGACAGUCAUACACUUUCUCUACUCUAAUAACAGACAGUCAUACACUUUCUCUACUCUAAUAACAGACAGUCAUACACUUUCACUACUCUAAUAACAGACAGUCAUACACUUUCUCUACUCUGUAACAGUCAUGCCGAAACAUGUCGACAUAGAAACAGACUUAAAAAGAACUAAGAAACCUAAACAAGACCGUUGCUGUCAAUUGAUCAAUGAAAGAAAAGGUUUCAAGUACACACUGACCUAUGUAAAGUAGAAAACGACAUUUGAUUUUACGUCUCUCCUUUCAAAUAAAAUACUCCUACAACAUCUACACGCACAUCUACAUGAACACACACACAGGACAGCGCACACCUAUGUAUUCAUUUCCACUUGUACGUAGAUGAGCACUCUCUGUAAGUUACCUGAAGCCAGUUGCUUCAUAGACUUGCUGCCAGGAGAGUGGUUGUUCAUUGAGACCCUGGCUGAUACAUUUCUACUCUAGGCACAUCUAUCUGGAUGCGCGCUAGUUUUAUUUCCAGAGAUAAAGUUUACAUUGGUGUGAUGGUGUUAUUUCUAGUGAUAUGGUUUACAUUGGUGUGUGAUGGUGUUAUUUCUAGUGAUGUGGUUUACAUUGUUGUGUGAUGGUGUUAUUUCUAGUGAUAUGGUUUACAUUGGUGUGUGAUGGUGUUCUUUCUAGUGAUAUGGUUUACAUUGUGUGGUUUGACUAGCACAAUAUUUUCUAAUGAAUUAUUUUUGUCUUUGAAUCUUUGGCUUGCCUUGUACAGUUGACUAAAACAUACAAGUUCAAACUGGAUUGAAAUGCUAUCGUCUAAUUUAAACAUGAUCAAAAACUGAUCACAAAACAAUGUUUGAUGUGAAGAUUUUGUUCUAAAAUCAAGGAAUUGGAGAUAGAAGAAAAUAUUUUCUAUGGUUACAAUUAAUGUAAGUCGUCCUCCCCUCAUGGAAUUAAAUAAUAAUGUUACACAAAUACAAUCAACACAAUCCUAUCGGGGGUGAGAGUGAGGGAAAAUAACAAACGGAAGAACGUUUCAACCUGAAAUGGAAGUUUGCCGGACUCACAACGUCUAAGUGUCCAUUGGUCACAGCUGAUGGUGUUUAGAAAUGAAGAAACUUGCCAUGAACUUUCUGAAGACCGCUGACGAGAAGCUGCGAAGUAUCGGCAAGCAUCAACCAGCUACUGUGGUACAGACGCAAAAUUUCACAUUUUACAAAAGUCCACCAAUCCAAGAGGAGGAGAAACGUCAAUCAAAGCAGAAGGAAGUGACGCAACAAGACAAAACCGAAUGUCAAGCCAUAGUGACACCGUUAGAUACAAGCACUAAAGAGUCCAGCGCCAUGUCCAGCCGCGCUAUAGCCAGAGGUCUCAGAGAGCGAAACACUGUACGCGGGGCGGAUGAACUGGAGAGAGCCGAAAUCAAAAGAAGGUCCCGGAGCGAGGGGCCAAACAGGAGGGUUCGUCAGUCUAUGGAUGAGAGAGAGGGCGGUAAAAAACAAACAUACGAUGGAGGUGGACGAUACAGGCGCGAGUUGGACUCACCAGAUUCAGACGACAGUGAUGACGUAAUGAGACCAGCUGCCCACGAGUCAGACAGCGAAAGUGAUAGAGAGAAAUGGACCAAGAACCCAUUAAUUGUUAGACGAGUGAAAAGGUCUGACAAGAAAGAAGGUGAAAAACGUUACAGUGGCGCUGAAAAAAGCAGCCAUUUUAAAAACAACGAAUCGUAUUUCCAAGAUCCUAACGGAAGCGGUGGUAGUCAAGGGGGAAGUAAUUCUGGUUCUAGAGAUAGCGGAAGAGGAAAUAGCAAGUACCAAAAGUUAGAAGAAAUGCGAAAACGUAGACUUAAUUUAUCUGUCACUUCAGAUGAAGAAUCUACACCAGCAUCCAGAAUCUCCAGACUACGACAGAGAGCUAUACAAAGUGGUCUUGGGGAACAAACUCAGACAAGUCUCCAUCCUAUCCGGCCCGUUGAUGUUAGCCAGUACGAUAACGUUAAAAUCCUUCGUCAACAAAAUCAGAACAAUGCUGUAAGCCUUCUACAGAAGAAUGUAUCCAACAGUUCGAAAUCCAAUCCUCCCCAGCACACAGCAGUGAAACAGCUUUCAGCCAAUGAAUCCAAAUCAUUUCUCCAGUCGGCACAAAAUCAAAAGUCAGUUUUCAGCAACGUACAAAACCAGACUCCAUCUGGUCAGACACCAGUCUACCAGCAAGCCGGAGUUGUGCAUAGACACUCUUUCACUCAGCCCACUUCAAAGCAAGCUCCGGCCAGACCUCCCCCUCCUAACAUUUCAGGAACCCGACAGUCUUUGUAUUCAGUUCAAGAUACAAACCGCGCUCUCUACAACAGUUCUCCCGAAGUAACAGUUCGUAAGUUUUCAACUCAAGUUCGGAUUCCUUCAGCUGAUUCAAUUCUUGAGUCGAAUCCUCCAAUGAACUCAAGGGUGACAAAUCAGAACAUUUCAUAUACACAAAAUACUGGCGCUUCCCAGGCAGCGCCAAAGUCUCAAUUUAAUGAGGUGGUUGAGUUGAGGCUCAAAAACUUUCGCACCGAUAAAAUGAGAGCGCAGCAAAAACCUUCUAAAUCCGAAUUGAUCCAAGCUGAUAAGUAUGGGAUGAGUGAGGACUCGCUAGACGAGUUGAUCGAAUCAAACAUUCAAUAUUUGGACAGUGAAUUAGACAAAGAAAAGGCUAAAAGGAAUUCUCAAGUUGUGUCCAGAUCGUCCAGUUUACCAGAUCCUAGAAGAAUGACAACGAAUGCUUCAUCUGGCCCAACUCUUCAAGAACCACGAUCUUUUCAAGUUCAGGCUAGUACCAGCAUUCAGUUUCAUGUUUCCUUGCCUAUUGACAGUCGUAAUGACAACCAAUCCGGACCACCUCUAAUUAAGAUCGCACCAUCCAAUAGCAUCGACUAUCACACGCGUGACAAUCAGUUUCGUUCACAGCCUGAUGUCGUUCCCAGAAAAUAUUCCUAUGACAGUCAUGCCAAGACAUCCAGACCAAAUAGUGAAUAUUUUGAUCGAGACGACCUGUCCAAAUCUGACAGCCAGCUGAAUGCACAGGUCGUUAUACCAAGUUAUAUGGGGAACAAUCUUCAUCCUAACCAAGCUUACGCCCGUGGGUGUAUGAGUGAUAUGAAUCUAAGGUCCGAUGUGGCGAGUUCUUUACAAGUCCCAUUAAGUGAAAAAGGAAUGUUUUCCGAUGUUGAGUAUGACAUUGAAGUGUCUGAGCGUGUGAAGAAAUGGGAAACGUACAUGAAGGUACAGGACUUAUCAAAUGAAAAGAAAAAUGCGAACCUUACAACAAUACAAGAAAACAAUGAAAUUGAAGCACUGAUGCUUCCCAGUGAAGUCCGAAAGUCUGUCUUAUUAAAUAAACAAGGAGAGUAUGGAAUGUAUCCUAAAGAAACCAAACCUUCGCUGCUAACCAAACCUAGAAACUUCAGCUCUGACACGUCUAUUAAUAAAAGUAGUGAUUCGCCAAAACUGUUUUCUGUAGAAACCAAUGCCCAUAGGUUUUUCCAGGUCAUUCAAGACCCACAAACACAACCUAAAUUAGGAGCACACUCACAUAGUAUCAGCUCUAUCUUGCGAGCCCCAAUUACGAUAAACGCAAAUAAAAAUUUCAUGAGUGCAAAAGAACUUCACCAAUACAUGUUGGCUAAUCGCCAAAGUGCCCUGCCUGCUACAAGUGGUCCAAUGAUAGCUUCUAGUCAGGCAGUGAUUCAUUACGCACCUGGCUACAGUCCUUCAUCGUCUCAGGAUGAAUCAUCGUCUCUUACCAAAAGGUCUCCUGUGUUAAAGCAAAGGGACUCGUUGAAACGUGUUUCCAGAUAUCAGGAUGAACUGGAGGAGAUUAGCAACGUUAAAUCGGAUUCUGUCAUAAGUUUACGUCGACGUUUUGAUACAGAUUCUGCCACAGUGACGUCAGAGGAUGAUCAAAAGUCGGUCUCCACUGUCUCCGCUAGACUAAGCCGACCUUCUCAGAAUGAUUCCGAGUCAUCUGAUUGGACUAAAAUGAUACCAGGAUAUCAAAGUAAAAUCAAAGAUUUAGAUGUCUGGUCUCCUAAUCUUGAAAGUACUCAAGGAGUACCAGUCAGUAUUGAACGUGUAACCGCCAGAACUCUGCAGACGAUACCUUUUUCAGAAGAUCCUUUCUGGAAGGAAAUUGAGGAAAUGACAACCUUUGACCCUAGUACUAUGGCUGGUCAUUUAAGUUCAGGGAACGCCCAAGACAGAAGCCAUUUAAUAGAACAAGUCAAAUCCCAAUAUCAAGUGGAACUGAUUCCACCGCACAGUUCUACUUUACCCAACCAGCCCAGAAGUAAUCUCUUGUCCAACAAGGACCGAAUGCAUAGAUCCAAGUCUUUGUACACACCAAACAUCGCUCCUCUAACCAUCAAUGUGGACAAAAUGUCUAGCACUAUCAGCGCCUUAGACGAUGUACUAGAUGACAUAAGCAGAUCUUCCAUUGAGAGGAAACAGUUAAGUCCCAAGAAAAGAGCGUUUGAGACCGAGUCCACUAAGGUUGCACCGCUUGCUUCAGUUUACACUGAAGGGAAUCAGUCAGGCUAUAAGCUAGGAACAAGUCAACAUGGCUUUGUGAAACCUAACAACGAGCCUGCAACUAAAGCCUUUGAUGUAAACAGUUUCAACCAGAUUAAAACAGAGCAAGUAUCUGUGUCAAAGCAACCUUUACAGUUUUAUCAACAACAAAGGCAACAAAAUCAACAAAACGGAGGCUCUCAGCCUAACCGCCAGUCUCAGAUGUUACCAGGGGCCAACAAUAACAACUACCAGCUUGAUCCAGACUUGUUGAAACAAAAACUACUUAGCACUGGCCUAGUUGUUGAGACAGACACAGAGGAUAGCGUGCCAUCAGCAACUUACCGCAAUAGCUCAGACAUUGCUAGGUCAUCUUAUAAUGGAGCAACUUAUCCAGCCAACACACAGUUUCAUGACUCUGCACCAACCUAUAUACCGAAACCGAUAGAAAGUAAUCCACAGAUCAAAUCAUUUAUUCCUAAAGGCUCUAGCGCACUGGAUGAGAUUCAAAAAGCUCUAGAACCAUUCAGUACAUCCUAUCAGCCAGGGCCAGAAUCAUUGUAUGGCACUUCCACUCUGGAGUCAUUUAAAAGCUCAGGUUUUGAUACAACCAGGGGUCCUCAGACUAAAUCAACUGGAUGGUCUUAUCAACCCCCAGCAUUGGAAUACAAAUCCUAUCAACCCAGUAGAACAGAACGGAUGUCUUCCACAGAGCCAUCAUUAGCAAGCACAACAUCAAACACCUUGCAGAAAGUCAAUGAAUCCAUGGAUGAUUUGAAAGACUUAGCCCAGACAGUGGAGAAAAGGAUUAACAUUAUUAAAGCCAAGCUUCAGAGCGCUGAUGAAAAAAGUCUUGAUAACAUUUUAAGCUCGUUGAAAAAAUUAACCCCUGAAGUGAAGACUGGAGAAGAGGAUGUAAGUUCUUUUGAAGAUUAUUACACAAACAAAAAGUCUAAACUCUCUGAUGCUUUAUCGGAACUUGAUAGAAUUUACAAAAGUUUAGAAAUAAGUCACGAAGAAAUGGCCUCUGUAAAAGAAAGAGGAAAAUAUAAACACUAUCGACCCACUAAAUCUAGUGACUGCUUUCUGGCACCCCAACCCAAGUCUGAACAUCUCAAACCAAUGCAAACAAGAAUCUCUUCUUUCUAUAUUCCUGGACUUGACAACAGAAACAAACAAUUAGAUAAAGACACAGAAUCGGAAUUCGACAUUUUAUCAAAGUCUUUCCAAGCUAUUGUUGAUGAAGUUAAUCAGACAACAGACUUGUUUUCCAAGAACAGAGCAGACAACACGGCUCCAGAAACACAAAAGCAGACCUUUAAAAUAACUUUAAAGCCUGGAGAGUCUUCACAAUCAAGUGUAACUCCCAAAUCUAUUUCUGGAGUACACGAUCCUUAUAAUGAUUUCACUUCGAGCAAAACUAACAAGUCGCAGGAAGUUAAACCUAAAUUUGGUAGAUUUAGAUCUAAAUUACAAGAAACCGGGGAAUCAGAUCAGAAUAUUAACACAACAAUAUCUAAACUGCAAGAAACCGGGGAAUCAGAUCUAACUAUUAAGACAACAAGAUCUAAAUCUGUUCCAGAGUUACAGUCUGGAAAUUCAGAGGUAGCAGAUUCAAAAUUAGAAGAAUCAAGUUCUGGUGACAGUAUAAUAGCUACAAGUAUGUCAAACAGUGCCUUGACUAACAACACAUCUACACAACAGGCUGUCUCCAAAGGUCAGCGCAGUAGAGUCAGGCCUGUUAGAGAUAACAAAAUUAUUCAAGACGAUAGGGCAAUACGCAGGGGAAGUAAUGAAAAAAUAAUGCCUUCACCUCAACCUUCACCUAAAGUGACUAGGAAAAUAAUUUACAACAACGGUCUCGACUUAGACAAAAAGCAAAGCAACUCUUCGUCUUUCCAAGAUGUGUCAUCAGAUGGUGCAAUACUAAUUCUUCCAAAAGAACAACUGCACAAAGUCAAAGCAAUGGCUCAACUUCCAGAUAGUAAACGUCAAGAUUCUGAUCAAAACUCUGUUUCUCUGACAGUUCUGUCCCCUGCAACUCAGAAGAAGAUCCCCCCACCUACUGCAGCCAAGCCAGUCAAUCGUCCAGAAUUAAUCAAUAAUCCAAUCAAAUCUCAAAUAUUUCCUCCAUCUAAACAAGAGCUCCAGCGGGUAAAUGUCAAUCUUCAACUGAAUACAAACAAUGACAGCAGUGGCAGCAGUGGUGUGACGUUGACUUCCUCUACAGCUUCAACUGCCAGCAUCAACCUCACCCCACCAGUAUUUGAUGGAGCACCACCCAAACUUCAGCAUUCUCUCAACGCAGACUCUGAAGGCAGCCAAGGGGGUGGUCAAAGAUCCAAAAGAAAACUUGGAUUAGGAGUAGCUCUGAUGUUAGACAAGUUCAGUGCUGGUGAGGAGGGGGGAGAUCAAAUGAAGAAACGUCUGGGAACACGUAGUGCCCCAGAUCUGUGCACUUCUGGUGAUGGGCUGGAGAAAGCUGCCAGUGCUAAGAAUGAAGAUACAAAGUCUGUCUUACAAGUUCAGUUGUCAGGAAAUCAAUUAGCUAAGCCUAUCAGUUUAACUGUAUCAGAAAAGUCUCCAUUGAUGAGAACCACUACAGUGUCUUCAUUAGAAAGAAAAUUGACAGAUCCAGAGAGUAAAGGUCAUAGUUCAGGGACAUCAUCUCCAUCAUCCCCUAUUAAUAAGCCCCCACAACAUCCAUGGAAAAGAUUAUUAUCUGACCCUGACAGAGCCAUAGAGUCUACAGAAACAGCUAGCAUAGGAUCACCCAAAAUUAUUUCCAAGAUCUUCAAAACAGUCAAUGUGGAAGGUGUUGUGUCUAAAGUAUCAGAAACAAGUCCUGUUGUCCGAAGAGUUCGCCCCAGCAAUCGUAAAAUUCAAACUGAAACAGAUAACAUCAGACCACACAGUUUUCAUGAGCUUCUCUCUUAUUUUGAAACUCGGCACAAGAGAGUAGAUCAACUCAGAAAAUGUGCCUCUGCUGAUGCUGUGUACACUCAAGUCCUGGUGGAUAAAAUGUUUCAGUCUGAACCAGACCUGUCCAUAUUAGAGAAUGACCUUGGAAAGAAAAAUGUUGUCUUAAAGUUGGAAAUGAAAGUGAUAAGCUGAUUGCCAUGUGAUUGUGUACAUUUGUAUUUAGCUUGAUUUGUAGACAUUGCUUUCAUUUACCUGCAUUUCACCAAAUAGAUAAUUUUAAUACAUAAUUUAUUGUAUCGGAAAGUAUCAUAUAACAUCUAUCUGUCUCUCACGUUCUCUCUCUCUAUAUACAUAUAUAUUUAUAUACUAUUUUUGAUUUACUUAUGGAUCUGUAACAUUUGAGCUCAUAAACUAUGGAAAUAAUGGUAUGACCAAUCUUAACUUACCAAAUACAAUUUAUGUUUUUUUUAUUUAUAAAAAAAGAUAACAUUGAAUUUGUUUUAAUCAAACAAUGUGCCAAUUAAACUGUGAACAAACAAAUCUGCCACUGCGCAAACUAUUAUUUAUGCAUUUUUCGACCUUUCGACAAACAAAAAUUUGACUGCUGGUGCUUUUUUUCUUUUGCAUAAAUGCUUACGUAGUGGAGUUUUGGUUUCAAUUCUAACAAGUAGUAGUGCCUUUUAUCCCAGUUGCUACUAAUUCUAUAUCUCUAUAUUUUAUUUUAUAUAUUAUUUUGGUCCAUUAGAUUUACUCCGAAGACAUAUUCAGCUGAAUAUUUUGACUGGAGUUGUUAUCUUAGCAAUUUUUAUUUGACUAAAGAUGGGAACAUGUUAUUUCAAAAAGUUGUAAGAUUUCUUUUUGUGUAUUUAUGUAUGUUCUUGUAUUUAUUCUCUAUGUGUGUUAGUUUUAUAGAAAGAAAUAACAAUGAUUGUCAAUUGUUUUCUUGUAUCCUGGUUUUUAGUUGGGAUAUUCUGAUCUUAAUUUGAACAUAAUAUUUAUAUUCAAAUAAAUGAAGUCAAAAUGUAUUAAAAAAAAACAAUCAUGUCUAGUGUGUUUGUAUGCUGUUUGACCCUAAACUGCAUAUAAUUGGCAGGUAACAAAAAGCAUAUAAAUGUAGAGAUAAGAUAUUGAUAAGAUGUAGUAAUACAAUUUUGAGUGCUUUUAUCUCAAUUGAUAAUGCUCAAUGAGAAAUUACUAUCUUUUGUUUAGAACACGAUUUCAUAUUUAAAUUUGAAGUACCAUUUACAAAUCCUAAAAGCUAGCUUUACUAAAUAGAUUGGAAAUGAACACUUAGGGACAAUAGGGUGAAGAAUCAUUGGAGGACAGAAUGGACUAAAAAGUCUUUAUUGUUCUAAAGUAUAAUGUUAUUUUGUGUAUUCUCUUUGAGAUGUAUUAUGCUUGAAUCAUUUUUCUCAGCUGUUAAAAAUAUAAGCAUACAUUUGAUUAAGAGAAAAUAUUUCUUAAAUAAUUCAGCAAUAACAAAAAUGUAUAUUGUUGUGAUAGUACUUUAGUAUGAUUGUAGUUACAUAAUGAAACAAAACUAUUUAAAUAUGAAUCAUGAUUGUAUUUAAUUCAAUUAUAGUCUUGUGAAUGCAGGAAUAUAGACUCAAACAAAAAAGUAAAAUUUUCAUGCCAUAACUAAAAAUGCAAUAAAAAAUUUUUUUUUGUAUUUCAAACUAUUUUUUUUAACUGUUGUCCAUGUAAGGAAAAAAACAACAAAAAUACGCUGCCAGUUUGAGUUGUCAAUAUAGCUCUCUAUUUUAAUGCUGCCAAUGAAGUGAAUGCUUAUGAAGGUAUGAUAUUGUAUAAAGCUUUUGUCAGAAAAUUAUUUAUAUUUAAUUAUAUAUUAAACUGUGGUGCUAUUUAUUUUUUAUGUUUCUAACUGCCAGUAUUAUCUUACAGUAUUAUUGUAACCUAUACUUAAGACAUUUUCAAAGAAUUUAAAUAACUGCUAAAAAUGUAAGAAAUCCUUUUGGUUUUUUUUUGCUUUAGUUCACCAUUGAACCAAUCUCUUAAAAGAACAGAGAUUAGAACUUUGUUUCUAUUGUCAUGUAAACUUUGCCAUCAUGUUUUGAUUCAUUUUAUCAGCAAACAUUUGCAUUACAUUUAAAUUGAGUUUUGAUGUAUGUCAAUAACCUUCAUAGUAGAAGGUAGCAAUCUGAUUAUAAUAGCAGUCUAAAUGUAGUAGUUGUUAUUAAUUUAUUGUCUCUUAUAAUUUCUAUUACAACAUAUCAUUGGGUUCCAGUAGUGUAUAUCAAUUAGUCUGUGGUUAAACAUGAACUGAUCCAGAUGUUGAAAUAAGGAAUGUCAUGUACUUUGCAUGUUACAGUAGAACACAAUAGUACUAAGGCAUACUGAGUGACACUAUUAAAAUGAAACAUUUGUUAAA